UCAUCUGGGAGCCAAACCCCGAGGUCCCCCAGUCUCCUCCUCAGCAGCCAUUAUUCUCGCCUAAUCAACUGGACCCGAAUCGAGUGAGCCCGGUGACACUGGCUUGCUGCACAGCCAUCCUUCCGGCCGUGUGCCAGCGGUUCGACUGGCACUCUGUCCCAGCUGAGCUGCGUGCGGUGACGAAGACGAAGAGAGCGGCCAGCGCACAAAGGGCGUUGAACGGCGGCCAUGCCGGCUGCCAACCGAGGCCGCCAGCGUGCCAGCAUUACCGCUGUGCCGCGCAAGAGCUGCUGGGCAAGGCCAGGAAUCAUCGAGGCGGACGAGAUCACACGGAAGGCGGCUGACGAAAUGCUCUCUCUGGCAGCGAGCCACUGCCGUGUGGGCUUCGUCGAGAGCUUGCAGUCGACCAAGGAGGCUGAGGUAGCCAUCAUCGAGCUCCCAGCAGCGGCGAUAUCUGCGCACGGCGACCUACCGGCGGUAGGGGACGUCGGGCUGCCCUGCAGUGGCAGCUCCAGCGAGAAACUCGACGCGAAGGAUGAUCCAGAGAAGACCGAGAGCCUGUGCCUCACGUGUGCCCAAGUGUUCGUGCCUUUCCUCCUGGCUGGCAUGGGCUCUGUGGCGGCUAGCCUUCUACUAGAUCAUGUCAAGGACUGGCCUGUGUACUCGGCAUACCGGGAGCUGUUCGUGCUCAUCCCGCCGCUGUUGGGCCUCAACGGGAACCUCGAAAUGACUCUGGUGGCACGCAUGAGCACGCAGGUGAACCUUGACCGCCUGAAUACGUUCAAAAGCCAACUUCGACAAGCAGCUGCCAACAUGGCACUUUUGCAGUGCCAGUCGACAGUGGUGGCCCUGGUGGCGUGUGGGCUGGCGCUGGCGAAAGGCUUCGCGAGGCAUGGCGGUACCAUCACUCCGCUUUACGCCUGCAUGCUGUGCGCCUGCGGACUGACCUCCGCCAACGUAGCCAGCAUGGUUCUCGGCGCUUUUAUGACGACAGUGGUGCUGGUGGCGCGGCGUUGCGGCCUGAAUCCGGACAACGUGGCAGCCCCCAUAGCGGCGUCACUGGGAGACCUAACUACGCUCACGCUGCUCUCCACCGUCAGCUCGAGGCUGCUCGUCUGGAAAGACUCACCAUUGAUGACACCAGGUGUAGUGGCGCUGAGCGUUCUGCUGCUGCCCAUAUGGUUCUUCUUGGCCUUCAAACACGAAAACACGCGUUCUGUGCUCAAGGUUGGAUGGCCACCCAUACUCGCUGCCGUAAUGGUAUCCAGCUUCGGCGGCUACAUCCUGGACUUUUCUGUGAUUCGUUUCGAGGGCAUCGCUCUUCACCUCUCCGCUGUGAAUGCCGUGGGCGGUAACCUGGCGGCCAUUUACUGUUGCCGACUGUCCACGUUCCUGAGCCGGCGCGUCGAAAUGGGAGUGCUGCCACCCGAGGAUGCGACCCGGUGUGCAAACCCGUUGGUGUUGUUCGCCGGUUCUUCCGAGGUUGGCCGUGUGGCGCGCAUUCUGCUGCUGGUGGUCAUUCCGGGACAGCUCAUCUUCCUCACCGCCACCGACCUGCUGCGAUACGGCUCGUUCAAUGUCACGCCACUCUUUGGAUUUCUAUACGUACUCGUCGCCCUCGUGCAGGUGGCCAUUCUACUGUUACUGUCCCGGUCACUGGUCUACUGGCUGUGGUGGUGGCGCGUGGAUCCUGACAAUGCAGCCAUACCUUUCAUCACGGCGGCUGGCGACUUCACCGGCACGGGUCUGCUGACCGUCGCCUUCUUCGCCUUGGAGCACGUGACAAUGAAUGAAAACCAGAAUGCAGCAAAACGAUGCACGACAAAGGAAGAAAGCGUGGCCACCGAGAGCAACUGGUCACCGAGAACAACUGGUCACCACCCCCGAAACACCAUUCAUCGGAUUCGUGGAUGACGCAAGGGCUUAGAAUUUAGCAAAAAAAUAAAUACACACGAGAAAUGGAAUUCA